AUGACAGAGUCAGUGCUAGUUGUUGUGACUGCUGUUUUGUUGUUGAGUGUCAGUGAAGUUAUUACUGACUGUCCACCUUCAUCAGGUAUCUACCUGAGGCAUAGUGGAAACUGUUUUUUUAAUGGAUCAUAUUUUACUGACAGCAGUAUCAGAUCAUCAGCAACUUCUUUACGCUUAGAGUGUGGAUUACCUGGUGAGACUCUGAGUACUGGGCAAUGGAUUGGUCCUGAUGGAGAAGUUCCUUGUGGCAGUGGUAACAAACAUAAUGUUCAAUGUACCACUGGGUCAGGUGCUAGCCUCAGUAUUCACAUAAAUCCAGCUAAUGGCUAUCUUGGGGCAGAUGGUGAUGGCCAGUAUAUGUGUUGUCUACCCACUAGUUGUUCAACUUCUGGUACUAACAUCAUUACUGCUACUAUAUUCAGAUAUUCAGAAAUAGAAUCAUUUGCUGUUGCUGAUCUUCCUUCUGAUAUGACAGUAUAUCCUCAGGAAUACAAACUGAGUUGCACUAAAAUUGGAUUCCCUGAGUAUGGUAUUAGUAUGAGCAUUGGUGCUACUGCAUUGGCUAGUUACACCAACUGUCAUGAUAUAAAUAAUAAUAAUUGUCCUGGUACUACUGAUUCAAGUGCUCCUGUUGAUAACACAUUCCUAGUCCAGUAA